AUGGCUAGACUGUGCAAUCGGCUACUCUUCGAGGAGAACCAAGAUCUUCUUGACAUGUUCGAGAAAUUUCGACAAUGCAAGACAAAAGACGAGCAAAUUAACUCAAUGGAGUUAGCGGAGCAUGCUAAUAAUGUUAUGAACACGUUGGAUGAGGGCAUUAAGGGAUUGGACGAUUUGGACAAUUUCUUUCAAUAUAUUCACCAGAUUGGCGCCAGUCAUAGACGGAUACCUGGUUUCAAAGUAGAAUAUUUUUGGAAAAUAGAGGCGCCAUUUCUAGCCGCAGUUGAGUCGACUCUGGGUGAUCGCUAUACGCCAAACGUAGAGAACAUAUAUAAAAUAACAAUAAAGUUUAUCCUACAGACGCUCGUAGAUGGCUACGAGAAAGCCGCGAAAGCCUCCAACUCAACGUGA